AGUCUCCUCAUAACUGAAGUCUGACUUGAGGCAGCUGUCAGAUUUCUCAAGUCUGCGCAACUAUCAGAAAUGGUCUGGUCUCUGGUCGUCAUCUUCGUACUACUGGGGCUGCACAGCUCUCACAGCGUUGCCGGUCAAUCCUCCAGCGAGUCUGUAUACACUAUUCAGACAUCCCCACCGAAUCCCUUCGAUGCGGCUUCUUCAAUAUCAGGAUCUGGUACUUCUCAAUCAGGUUCUGGCUCCGUCACGGCUUCAAUGACCAGUUCUAGCGUGACCAAUGCUGCACCGACGGGUUUCCCUCAGGAAUGUUCGGGCAAUUGCACGAUCGUAGCUGAGGCCUUGAAGCAAUGUAAUGUGUCUAGGAGCUUCAACGCAACAUGUCUUUGUACGACGGAGAUUGAGUCGGGAUACUUGAGUUGUGUCGAAUGCGCAUUGGCAGUAAGUCAUUCGACAAAUGUCGCAACGUUUCAAGCUUUGGUCAACGCCUAUAUCGAUCAAUGUAAAUCAGCCCCGUAUGCCGCUACCACACUCCCCAACGUCACCGUCACUCUGCCCAUGACGGGCUCCACAUCCGCCUCACAAUCGUCAUCCACUUCAACGGCAUCUUCGCAAGCGCAGAUGUCCUCCUCUGGCUCUACAUCAGCUUCUAGCCAAAGUGCAGUCGGGACCAGUGCAGCUGCACAGACUUCCGGUGGAGCAUCACACCAAUCGACACUGCUACCAGCCAUCGGAGGCACUCAAGUGGCGGCGUUAGUCUUAUCUAUUGUCGCAGGCGGACUUGCUAUCCUCCUAUAAGAGCAUGAUAGCAUCUCUCUUGCCCAUCUUGUCAGCUCUAUGAGUGCCCCUUUGGCACAUCCUCAUAACCAUGUAUCCCAUUAUAAUGUCG